AUGUCGAUGCUCACUCGUAGCACUGAGCCAGACAUCAUCACAUUUCCAGGUGGCAUCCACCCAAGGAAAUCUAUUCUUGUCUGGCAGGUCCCAUACCACAUGACCCCCAGUACCUCAUCUUUGAGCUGCCCCUCCACCACCUUCUACACCAGCCUUCUAGAGGAGCCGUCUUUGUGUUCAUUCCGAUCCGGCUGGCUUGAGGCUCUUGCCAAUCUUGUGCAAGGCCCGGCACUGACUACAGAUGCUGUAUCUAAAGUGGCCACGGAUAUCGAGCCAGAGAAGGAGUGCUUGGGAAAGAGUUCACCCUUCACCUGGUAUUCUUUCAUUUCCCUACCUAUGGUACCCAGUAUCUUUCUCCCCCUCCUCCUCCCCCCCUUAAUAUUACUUGGCUCGUUCUGUCUGUUAGGUACCGUGCUGGCUCAAGAGGCAGAGGGGUCAGGGCUUGGCUUCAGCUCUUGCACUGCGCCCUUAGCUGAGAUGAAUGGACCACUUGGGUCCGCUUUGAGGGUCGGGGAGUAA